AUGCCAGAACCAUCGCAAUCCGCUGUUUUCUCCAGCAGGGAAGAGCCCAUCGUGGUUGAUGACGAUGACGACGUCGUGCCCGUAACUGCUGCUGUCAAUUUGCCUGCGCACUCACCCAACAAUUCGCUUCGAGACAUCACGCCCGCAGCAUCUAUAUCUGCGUCCUCGACAAACAGCAGCGAUCAAGCGAAUGCAUUACAGCCGAAUGGAUCGAGCGGUGGGGACGACGCGCUGGACACAAGCUCGCCUCAAGACAAGUUCAGGACCGGCUACGUCUUUUCGGCGGACAUGAUGCUACAUGUCAACCCAAUCGAGCCGGAACAUCCAGAGAGACCGCUUCGAAUCUGGAAGAUCUUCCUCGGAUUCAAAAAGCACGAUCUCUUCACACAUAUGAAACGCAUCCCCAUCCGAGAGGCCAAAGAGGACGAGGUCGCCCUAGUCCACGACAAAGGUAUCUGGGAAGGUGUGACGCGAUCAGCACUGUAUCGCGCCGACGUCUUGAAGGAGCAGGUGCCCAUGCUCGAGAUCAGUAGCUCCCUUUACGUCAACGAGCACUCCGCCUAUGCUGCGCGGCUUUCCUGCGGAGGAGCGAUAGAGCUCUGCGACGCCGUUGCCUCCGGUCGCAUCCGGAACGGCUUCGCCAUCGUGAGGCCUCCGGGCCACCACGCGGAGCCGCAGAAGAGCAUGGGCUUCUGCUUUUUCAACAACGUCGCCGUCGCUACACAAGUCGUGAUGCAGAAGAAUCCCGACAUCCAGAAAGUCCUCAUCCUCGAUUGGGAUGUCCACCACGGCAACGGAACCCAGCGCGCAUUCGAGGACAAUCCGAACGUAAUGUAUAUGUCGCUGCAUCGUUACGACGAGGACGGAAGCUUCUACCCGGGUUCGUCCUACGGAAAUUACACCAGCAUCGGUAUCGGCAACGGAGCGCAUUACUCGGUCAAUGUCCCCUGGCCUACCCGCGGCAUGGGCGACGCCGACUAUCUAUAUGCGUUCCACAAUCUUAUCAUGCCGAUCGCUCAAGAAUUCAGCCCCGACCUUGUCAUCAUCUCGGCAGGUUUCGACGCGGCAGAGGGCGAUCCCAUUGGCCAGAACAAGGUCACGCCCGGGGGCUUUGCGCAGAUGACGCACCUCCUCACCUCCCUUUGCAAUGGCAAAGUUGCCGUCGUUCUGGAAGGCGGGUACAAUCCCGAUGCCGUGGCGAGCAGCGCCCUCGCGGUCACAGACGUACUUCUCUCGUUUAACACGUUGCCGCCCAGCAGCACUGUCGCGAGCACCAUCGCCGCAGAAACCGUCCGACGUGUGCGCGAGGAACACCAGACGAAAUGGACGAGCCUCAAAGUCGCGGGGGCUGGAGUCAACGACGUGGAGACCAAUCCUGCCAGGGCGCCUGACGCCGUCAAGAUCGGCGACAUGCUCGCGGAAUACCGCAAUAGCGUGAUUGCCAACGAGUUCGACCUCUUUGAAAUCCCCCUCGACGCCACGCCUCACCGGCACUUCGCGGGACACGUGCUGUGCUCCGAGGGCAUCCUCGAUUCCUUUUCGACCAUCAUCUUCUUCGUGCACGACAUGGGCAACCUGCGCUUGGAACGACCGAGAGCGUCGGCGGCAUACGAGGAAGACGCCUUGCAGCUCGUCGAUGCAUCCAGACGAAUUCUCAAAUACGCCAAGAAGCGGAACUACGGCAUCGUCGAUCUGAACAUCAUCAACUGCUUCUCGGCGCAAAAGGUCAUCUCUCCCUCUGGCGUUCGGCGGACGGCGACGGAAGUCGAGCUGCUCAAGCUGGACGAGGCGAAGAAGGCGGCGGCGUUCAUCUGGGACAACGUGGUGGCGCUAGCAAGGAGCUCCGGGGGAGAGAAGAAGAUCGUGUUGCUCGGGUUUGGAUCUGGAUGCGAUGCGUUGACGUCGAUCGUCGACGAGAGGGACGUCAAGUCGGACGUGAGGGCCGUCGUCAAUGUGGUCGGCUACGGCGAGAUGCCGUGCGUCAGCAUCAAUGCGGAUCUCGACAAGAAGAAGUGGUAUUAUCGAAGAUCCUUGGUGCUCGCGCCGGAAGACCAUCGCCAUUUGCUCGACCGCGGCGAAGCAGCACCCCUCAAGAGGUUCGGCAAGAUCAAACCAGUUGCCGAUACCGCGGCGAUAAACAUCUUCAGCUCGAGGUUCGGCGAGAUCAAGAGCUUCCUCGAUGUCAAGCUGAAUCCGUCCAAGAAGGCUGGCAUUGCCAACGCUGCUCCUUGA